AUGGGCGAUGGCAGCAUUACUCCCAGGCUCGGCAACAUGAAAGCGUUUCUAGGUUUAGUUGCCGGCGCUGGAGCUUCCUACGGUUUAUAUAAACUCAUUAGCGGGGAGAGUUUUAAGAGAAACAAAAAAAGUGCUGCCAAUGAAAGUGCUGGUGUGAGGAGCAGUCAGCCCAGUGAAGGUACCCUGCAGCCGGGCAGCCUGCUGGCCAGAGUGUCCGGACUGGAUGUGGUCUGUCCCCGACCUGUGGGGGGUGCUUCAGGUGACCUCGCCCACCAGUCCCCUGGCAACCUGGAUCUACAGCACUUGAAAAUGCUGCUGUCAUGUCUGCAGACCAGCAAUAAUACAACCGACAGAUGUCGGAUCCUACUUACGCUAGGAAAUUCUGCUGCCUUUACUGUGAAUCAGAAUCUUUUACGGGAAUUUGAAGGGAUUCAUAUCAUAGCUGGUUUCCUCUCUGAUCCUGCACCAGAGGUUAGAGUGCAGACUCUGAAUGCUUUGAAUAAUCUAUGUAUGAACAUCCAAAACCAGGAACAAAUAAAGGUUUAUGUGCCACAAGUGUUGGAGCUGAUUGAGAUGUCUCCAGUGAACUCUGAGCUCCAGCUUGGUGCUCUCAGGCUGCUGACCAACCUUUCAGUCACAGAUAAACAUCAACACUUGCUAAAAGGAUCAAUUACACUUUUACUCUCUCUAGUUGUUGUGAGCAAGGAAACUUUACAGGUUCAGGCUUUGAAAGUCCUUGUAAAUCUGUCAUCCAAUCCAGAUAUGAUGGAUGACAUUGUUCAAGCUCAGGCGCCAGCUUCUGUUGUGCUGCUGUUUGACGCACGAACAGCCUCUGCCGUGCUUCUACGAUUGCUGACGUUCGCAGGGAACUUAAAGGCCUGGAGGGCCUCAGCCCAGGUGGCAGAUGAACUGAGGCGGAAGCAGGACUGCCUCUUCCGGGUCAUGUUAGAUGAGUCUUCCCAGCUCCACAGCAGACUGGUCCAGCUGCUCUCACACCCUGAUGUGGAGAUUCAGUCCCAGGUGGCUCGCAUCUUGACAUAGACCUCCUUCUCACACUGCACACUUGAACCAUGCACAGCUUAUGCUUCGACACAAUUUGACAAAGCCAUCAACCCUUCACCCUUCAAUGUCAACUAUAAAUCUAUUGACAUAGUCUCAUAAAAUAGAAGGCUUAGAGGCCUUCUGCUGAUAUUAAGCUUUCACUUCUUCACUAUCUAUAUUUACAAUGCUCUAGAGAUCAGAGGUUUUCAAAGUGGGAGUCAGGUCUCCUCAGGGUAGGCUCAAUUGAAGGGAAGGGAACAUUAUUAAAGUAAUUAUUACUUAAGUUAUCAAAGGAGGAUCUCAUAGAGAAGCCUACAUGUGUGUGAUUUAGUUAGAGCAAUAGUAUCGAGAUACAUUUGUUUUCAGGGAGUUUUUUUCUGCUUUACCAGAGUCAGAAAUACCAUAGGACAGACCUAUUAUGUAUUUUUUUGUCUGAUGUUUUGUCAAACGGCAAUAUUAGACUGAUUUAGCUUAAUUGGAGCUAAAAUAGCCAUGAAAUAGCAUAAUCAUGAUCCCAUAGGAAUUUUUUGAGGAGGCCGAAAAGCGUAAGACUUUGAAAACCCCUGCUCUACAUCAAUAUUUUCAUCACAAUUAAGUUAAUUAUCCAUCACACCUCACCAGCCAUAUAUACACUUUCUUUCACUAAAAUGAAUUGAUGAGCAACCAGUGAGCAGGAGCAGACCAUACAUGCAAUAUAACGUAAAACAGACAACCUCUCACUGUCUUUUCCUGCCACCUGCAGCUUAUUCUCAUGACCAGAAAAUGUUUUCCUUCAAAGAUCCACAGUGCCCUCCCUUCUGAGAAAGUCAUGUACUCUCUCUGAAGGCAUGUUCCAGGUGACAUUUCUGAACCCAAACCCACUGCCAAACAUUUUCUAGAGAAUGUGUCAGAACGACCUGCGCAGCUCGACCAAACCACCCUCUGAGGCUCAGAGAGACACUUACUGUAGAUGGAGAGCCGUACACCUUAGCAUGCCUUGGAGACAAGAAUGGCUCAUUUAUAACAUGUUGGAUUUAAAGAUCAUGUUCUUCAAUAAUCUUUGAUUUAUGUAAUUCAUUUGAGAAUCAGUGCAUCAUGACUAGUCAAAGAUCUGUCUGUCGGGAAGAACUUGUAGCUGAAACCUUACCUCCACAUUAAGAAGAGCUACCAAAGUGGAUGGGACACCUUCAAUAAUUAACUUAUUUAUGGUCAUAUGCACAGAAAUUACAGAGAUGCAUGGAGGCAAGAAAAAGGGAGAUUCAAUGACACAAAAUACUGCAAGUUAUAAUAAAUGGAUAACAUAUAAUAUUAAUAAAAUGGAAAAUAUUAUACAUAUGUGGCAGUAAUUACAAAUGAAUAAACUGAAUGUAAAUGGUAAGGAUACAACUUGAGUAAAGCUUGACAUCAAAGGUGCACCAACCGCAGCUUCCUGGGAUAAAACCAGGACGUAACUGGUGGCGUUGCAUCUCUCAAACACGCCGGCAAUACCCCAGGGACGAGCGGGGGGGAAGUAGCAAGGGAAAAGGAUGUGCUGUGAUUGUUUCAGCUACCACACAUAUUGUGCAGAUACGCAGCUUGAAAAUGAAUGGAGGGGUUGACCUCUUACAGAGUAGCCUGUAAUAGUAAUUCCUUUGUUUUCUAACCAUUAGUAUAUUUAAACAUUUUUCUGCAUACAAUGGUUAUUGAAUAACAAAAGAGAUAGAAUGUUAAGUAUGCACUCACAGUAAGUGACAGGCUAGAGCUGUGGAUCAUUGGCUCUCUUGUAGUAUAGAGAGAAAGUGCAUGAAAAAAGGGAUUAUCUCAGAAUAUGAUUUUUAAUGCAAGGAUUUUAUGAUAUGAGCCUGUCCAGGUGUAAUGAAAUGCUGCACAUUUUACUGACCUUAUUGAACCCAAAUCCUAAAAAUCUCUCAGGCACUAUGGUUUACCUAACAGCAGGAGGCUGAUUUACUUGUGACCUAGAUUAUAAGAUUUAUUUAAUGAAGCUUUUUGCCUAUCAAAUGACAAAUGUUUGUUGUGUUUGUUUGAAUGGUGCAAUAAAUACCCUACAAGAUCUGUA